GGUGUAAUGUGACACGGAGAACGGGGCUGGGCCUGACCUACUGCCAGACUAGCCCAGCCCUUCAGGUCCAAAAACAGGUUUUAUUGCACACUCGAAGGGUUUUUUUAGAAUCCAAAACCACACUUUACUAACUCCUUCUUUGCGCAAAGACGCACUAGACACUCUAUCAUCGGCCAGACUACACCGCGCUUGCUCGCUGUUUAUCCUUGUCUUCUCCCCGCUCCUCACACUCAGAUCGUCGGCUAUGUUUCGCUGUGGGAUCGCCUACCCCCGAUGCAGGUGGAUCGUGCCCCUGCUACUGCUCUUCGCCAUCAUCUUUGACAUUAUUGCCAUCGCCGCCACCUCAGGAUGGGUCGAGGACGAAGACGCAAAGUCUGACUACGCCAGUAUGUGGGAGCGGUGCCGAGGCAAGGAGAAGUGGACCUGUACGUCGCUAAUGGAGUUCUCUUGGGCCCAGGCAGUGGCUGCUCUGAUGAUCAUUGGCCUCCUCAUCCUCAUCGUUGCCUUCAUCAUCUCCUGUGUGGCUCUGUGCUGCACGCUCAACAUGACCCUCCUGCCCCUCAUAGCAAUACUGCUGAUUAUUGUUGUGAUCCUCCAGGUCAUCGCUCUGAUCAUCUAUCCCGUCAAGUUCAAUGAGAUGAUCUUUGAGGGCAACUACUACUACACCUGGGCCUAUGGCUUUGGCUGGGGCGCCACCAUCCUCUGCAUUGGCUGCGCCGUCCUCUUCUGCUGCCUGCCACGUUAUGAGGAUGAGCUGACCGGUCUGGCCAAGACCAAAUACAUCUAUUCCUCUGCUUAAAGACUAAGCUUGCACACCUCACCCAGUUGCAGCCAUUUUCACUUUUCACUCUGAGCUGGAGCAGGAGCUGGCCAUUGAACAUUUUACCGUGAACCAGUUCAUCAGAGAUGGUUAAAUUGAUUCAGCAGUGGAAAACCCGCCGCCAUCCAUGAGUGAAGUUAGAAGCAAGGGGUGAUUCGUACUGGAAGUGGACUGUGAUUGGAUGCUGCAUCUGCUUAUAUAGACCCCUAUUUUAGAUUAAAUCCACGUCAUACCAUAGUGUUUUUUUCACAUUCUGCAUUUAAAGGAUAAGUCCAGUGACUUUCUAUAUUAACAGUAUUUUAAACAGUCCCUAUACAGAGGCUAAAUCCAACAAUAAUUUCACCUCAACUCAUUAUGAAUGUCUUUCAGUCUGUUAGAAAUGGAUUAGCUUUUUCAUCUGUGCCAUAGACCUCCGCUGUUGUUCAAAAACAAGGUGCAUCAGGGAAACAUCCCACUGCACUGCUUGAUGUGUUUCCUCACUAUGAAACAUCAGACCCUGAUAUUUUUUUAAAAUGUUGCCCCAAAGGCUCCGAGCAGCCGUAACUUUUUACACCAUCUGAAGUAAGUAAUUGUCAAAGGCCAGUGCACAAGAUCUCUGGAUAUUCUUAACACACACACCUUUUAGGUUAUCCAGUUUGACACACUGAUGCUCAGCCUUAAGACCUUAAGGCUGAGCAUCAGGCUCUUGUGUUUUGUAAUGAGGAAAUAUGUCACUAAGUGCAGCGAUGUGCUUCCUUGAUGUUUUAAGUUGUUUUUGAACAUCAGUGGAGGUCUAUGACAUGGACAAAUGAGCUAAUCCCAGACUGACAGACAUUAACAGUGAGUAAAGGCAAAUCAUUGUUGGUUUUAGUCUGUAUUGAGAAUACUGUUAAUAUAGAAAAUGGCCGGCCUUAGUCUUUAAGUGUAACAUGUCCUCAUCUCAUCUGUCCUUUUUACCCCAAUUCACAAUCUGAGAUCACCCAAGUGUCCUUAUCUGAGGGAUAUUGUAUAGCCUACUUAAAACCUUGGCAGAAGAGCAUUCCAGACUAAAAUUUUGUAACAUUAAUCGUCAUUUUGUGGGUUGCAUUGAGUUUUCUCAGUUCUUCAGUGUGUAUCCUUUAUUCUGUAUGCUCGUGUGCAUAGGAUAAGAAGAAAGCAAAGGCUUGGACUUGGAAGCUGAAUGUGGAAAUGUGCAUGCAGUUUAGCAGUCAUGUUUGUUCCAUCUGAUGCAUUCUUUGAUGCUGAUUCUCUGCUGUUUGUCUCCAGAAUUUUGAUAUUUUUUACUUUUUACUAAAUGGGUUUAACUUGGGGCGUUUGCUGUGCUGUCUGUAUCUGUUUUGAACACUACUAAUAACACUUCAUGAUUUGACACAGCAGUGUGAUAGUUAAUACGAUACAGGGGAGGUUAAAAAUAGAGCUGCUUUAUUUUUCUGAUUUAGCUGCAGUUGUUGCUUCUCUGUCACUGUGAACUGGAAAUAAAUUUAGAUGAAUUUUCACUAAGUGUGAUAAAUAAUUAGAAUAUAGCAACAAUCUUCCAAACAGUCCAAACUGCCAUGUGUAAUAAUGAUAUGUCAGAUUUUUGGUUUAAAGGGAGCAAUAUAAUUCUGUGUAUUCCAAGUCUUGUUGCCUCAAAGAAGGUACCUUUAGAGAGUGGAAGAUUAAAAGAUGUUUUUCAGUCUCAAA